CGCCAAUCUAAUCGCAAAAUUCAUCGCCCGCAACCUGCCACGAUCCCUCUAAACACACCCUUGCCCAAGGCCUCCUCAUCAUGCAUCCUUGUCGAUAUGCCUCACGGGCGGCUCGCUGUCUCACAAGGCCAGCUCGACGCUAUGCCGGCUCUGCCCGCAUCAACCUGCCACAAGAGGAUCUAGCGGAGAUACAGCGAGAUUCAUCAGUCACACACCCAGACCCAGCGUCAGACUCCCCAACAGCGAGGCUGAUUGAGCAGAAUGCGCCAUACAUGCUCACGACGUAUGCGCGAAACCCAAUCGCGUUGGUGUCCGGUCAAGGCUGCAUUGUGCGCGACUUGGAGGGGACAGAGUAUAUUGAUUUCAACGCUGGUAUUGCCGUCUCGGCGCUCGGUCAUGGUGACCUGGAGAUUGCCAAUGUGAUGCACGACCAAGCGCGACAGCUCAUUCACUCAUCCAACCUUUUCUACUCGCCCUGGUCAUGGCAGCUUGCCAAGUUGCUUGUAGAAACAACCAAAGCGUCUGGUGGUAUGCAAGACGCUCAAAAGGUCUUCUUCUGCAACUCUGGCACAGAAGCGAACGAGGCUGCCAUCAAGUUUGCAAGGAAGCAUGGAAAGGCUGUGGCCAAGGGAGGCGCUGACAAGCACAAGAUUAUGACUUUCACCAACGCCUUUCAUGGUCGAACAAUGGGUGCCUUGUCUGCUACGGCAAAUGAGAAAUAUCAGGCGCCCUUCCGGCCUAUGGUCCCGGGCUUCGAGUAUGCGCCGUACAAUGAUCUCCGAGCCCUUGAUAUGCUCGACGACAGCUUUUGUGGUGUCCUGAUCGAACCUGUGCAAGGUGAAGGUGGUGUCUUUGCAGCAGAUGAGUCCUUCAUGAAGGCCUUGCGUGAGAAGUGCGAUGCCGUUGGCGCGCUGCUCAUGUUUGACGAAAUUCAAUGUGGUCUGGGUCGUUCAGGCCGUGUUUGGGCGCAUAGCUGGUAUGAAGACAAGUCCGUCUCGCCCGACGUCUUGACCAUGGCGAAACCGCUUGCUAAUGGUGUACCCAUUGGUGCAACAAUGCUUACACAAAGAGUAGCAGAUGCCAUUGCGAUUGGUGACCAUGGAACCACCUUUGGCGGUAAUCCACUCGCGUGUCGAGUGGCUCAUCAUGUCCUCGAGCGGCUCUCGCACCCAUCACUUCUGGCCAAUGUGCAGCAACAAUCUGCCCGCAUUUUAGAGGCUCUUGGAGAAAUGUCAACCAAGUAUGGCUCGCGCGUUGUCGAGGUUCGUGGCCGUGGCUUGCUGCUUGGCCUGCAACUGGAUGCGGAUCCUACACCUGUCGUCAAGUUUGCUCGAGAACGAGGCUUGCUCGUCAUCACGGCAGGCAAUAAUACAAUCAGAAUGGUGCCGCCACUCAUUAUCGAUAGCAAAACAGUGGAUGCCGCCAUGAAGAUUCUGGAUGAGGCGAUUGGCCUGUUCUGCAAGACUGUACCUCCGCAUGCAGCCGACUUGAGUAGAGGUCGACCCAAGGAGGCGACGGGAUAAGGUACAAAAUAGAAGCGCUCAGGGAAUUGCAAAACAGAGAUAGAUUAACCCUAAAGAGUU